AUGCUUUCCAGACUCUCGCAGACGGCGCUUGUGGCGCUGUCGCUCAUGACAGUCCUGACAGAAGCCGUCCCAUCUAGGAUGCGCAUCCAGACGAGAGACUCGGUCAAUUAUCAGAGUGAAAUUGUUCGCGGUGUCAACCUCGGUGGUUGGCUAGUCCUCGAGCCAUGGAUUACACCCUCGAUCUUUGAAAAUGGUGGAGGCGCUGCAGUUGACGAAUGGACUCUGGCCGAGGUCCUGGGGAAAGAUAAAGCCAGGGCUAUUUUGUCUCAGCAUUGGUCGUCCUUUAUCACACAGGAUGAUUUCAAUCAGAUUGCUCAAGCGGGAAUGAACCACGUCCGUAUCCCUGUCGGUUAUUGGGCUGUCUCUGCUCCUGAUGAGCCAUAUGUGGAUGGCCAAUUGGAAUUCCUCGACAAUGCAAUCUCCUGGGCUAGAGCCGCUGGGUUGAAAGUCAUGAUCGAUCUGCAUGGAGGUAAGUCUCCAGAGCAAAACGUUAUUACUGAAUGGGAUGCUGAUCAGGUUGAAACAGCUCCGGGAUCCCAAAACGGCUUCGAUAACAGUGGACGCAAGGGACCUAUUGCCUGGCAGCAAGGCGAUACUGUCGCAAGAACCGUGGACGCCUUUAAGGCUUUGGCCGAGCGAUAUUUACCUGAGAGUGACGUGGUUACUGCAAUUGAGGCUGUGAAUGAGCCCAACAUUCCGGGGGGCGUGAACGAAGGCCAACUGAAGGAAUACUACAACCAAGUUCUGGAGGUGGUGCACAGCAUCAAUCCUGAUGCCGGCGUAUUUCUGAGUGACGGCUUUCUGGCAACAGCAUCAUGGAACGGAUACGCAAAUGGCGAGAACGUGGUCAUGGAUACGCAUCACUACCACAUGUUCGAUAACACUCUGAUCAGCCUGGACAUUAAUGCCCAUGUGAGAGCUGCCUGUGAAUUUGGCAACCAAAUCAAGGGAUCAGACAAGCCGGUCGUUGUCGGCGAAUGGACCGGCGCGUUGACUGACUGCACCAAGCACCUUAAUGGCAAAGACAUCCCUACACGGUAUGAAGGGCAGUGGGCCAACAGCCCUAGAUAUGGCGACUGUGGAAACAAGCGCCAGGGCUCUAGCUCGGGUCUGUCGGAGCAGGAGAGAAGUGAUACUCGACGAUUCAUCGAAGCACAGCUUGAUGCAUAUGAGGGAAAGAACGGCUGGCUGUUCUGGACGUGGAAGACUGAGGGGGCGCCAGGUUGGGACAUGCAGGAUUUGCUUGCCAACGGGCUGUUCCCCAAUCCUCCCACGGAGAGGCAGUACGGGAAUCAAUGUGCCUAG